AUGAUUCAGUACAUAGAAACCUAUCUGAUAGUUACUUUUCUCUUGCCUUGUUCUACAAUGGUAAGUGUAUAUACAAAAAUAUUUAUAGUUGCAAAAAUGAUGUGCAAGAUGAUGGGUACUCUCACAUGGGUAGUUUAUUUUAACUCCAGCAUUAAUCAAAUUAUCCAUGCCUUGUUUUAUCCCUGGUUUCAGAAGUCACUGAAACUUAUACUAACAUUUAAGAUAUUUAGCCCAGCAUCCUGUUUGACUAAUUUGUUUCCAGAAACUCAGUUUUGUUAA